AUGAAUACUGCCCACCAAGAGGCCAUUGUAAGAGUGAGAUGCACAAAAUCUCCAGAAUACCCUGAGGUACUGAAGAGUGAGCCGUAUGGGGAGAAGGCUGAUGUCUGGGCGGCCGGCUGCAUCCUUUAUCAGAUGGCAACUCUGAAUCCUCCCUUCUAUAGCACCAACAUGCUCUCCCUGGCUACAAAAAUAGUGGAGGCGGUUUAUGAACCAGUGCCAGAAGGCAUCUACUCUGAGAAAGUGACAGAUACCAUCAGCAGGUGCCUCACUCCUGAUGCAGAAGCCCGCCCAGAUAUCAUAGAAGUCAGCUCGAUGAUAUCAGACGUCAUGAUGAAGUAUUUAGACAACUUGUCUACAUCUCAGCUGGCUUUGGAGAAGAAGCUGGAACGGGAACGGAAGCGCACACAGAGGUACUUUAUGGAAGCCAACCGGAAUGCUGUCACAUGUCACCAUGAGCUGGCUCUGUUAUGUCAUGAGACCUUUGAGAAGGCAAGCCUGAGUAGUAACAGCAGUGGGGCCGCCAGCCUGAAAAGCGACCUUUCAGAAAGCGCAGACCUGCCCCCCGAGGGCUUCCAGGCCCCCUGCGGUAAGGAUGAAGACAGGGCCUGUGAUGACAUCCUGUCAGAGGAGAACUUAAACUCGGAGAAUAUUGAGAAAGAUAUGUACUCAGAGCUAGAUGAUGAACUGGACAUUUCGGACAACUCCAGCAGCUCCAGUUCGAGCCCUUUAAAAGAAUCUACAUUCAGCAUUUUAAAGAGAAGUUUUAGUGCCUCAGGAAGAGAAAGACAAUCCCAAACAAGGGACUUCAGUGGUGGAAUAGGAUCCAGACCAAGACCAGCUUUGCUGCCUCUUGACCUGCUUCUGAAAGUACCACCCCUCAUGCUCAGGGCCCACGUUAAGGAGCUAGAGGCCGAGUUAGUGACGGGGUGGCAGUCCCAUAGCCUUCCCGCUGUGAUUCUUCGCAAUCUCAAAGAUCAUG